CUUUAUUAAAAAUAAAUAACAAUCUAAUUCAUCAUUUGUAAAGUCCGAUUUUAUUCAUUUUUUUUUUCUCGAAUAACACAUUUUCUUAUUUGAACGAUAAAAAAUAUUUUCAAUGGAUUCUUACUGCACUUCAGUAAACUAUCCGAACAAAAUCAAUACUGGUGGCGAUCAUUAUAGUGUUGAUGAAACGGAAACUGUGAUCGGUGUAGAUAACACUCAUCAUUCGAGACAUACGGUUGGUGCAUUUGGCGAGGCUGACGGUAAUGCUGUUGAUAUCAACAAUGCACACGAAGAAUAUGAAUCUGUUCGACGAGAGCUCUCACGACAAUCGUACAAAAUGUCCUCCAUUUCUCCUGGUGCUGACCUUGAAAAAGGUGGUAACACUCAAGAUUUUGAUCUGACAGAAUAUCUUUCUGAGCAACAUUCCCAAUUGACUGCUGCUGGGUUGAAGACUAAAAAUAUGGGUGUGAUCUGGAAAGAUUUGAAGGUGCAAGGUUUAGGUGCUGAUGCAAGAUCGAUUGUAACAAACUGGUCUGUCGUCUCUUCUUUCUUCCAAUUCUGGAAAUGGGGAAAACACAAGGGUACAGAUUUUACGAUUUUAAAUCAGAAUGAUGGUUUCUGCAAAUCUGGUGAAAUGCUGCUAGUUCUUGGUCGACCUGGUGCUGGUUGCUCUACUUUGCUCCGUGUUCUUUCUAAUAUGCGUGCUUCAUAUACACAAAUUGAUGGUGAUGUAACUUAUGGAGGAAUCGACGCUAAAGAAUUUGGCAAGCAUUUUAAAGGUGAAGUUUGUUAUAACGAAGAAGAAGAUCUUCAUUAUCCCACUUUGACUACACAACAGACUCUAAAAUUUGCGCUCAAGAACAAAACUCCUUCAACACGUAUUCCCGGUGAAUCUAAGGCUGAGUUUACUGAUAAGCUUCUCUAUAUGCUUGGAAAUAUGCUGGGUUUGACAAAACAAAUGAAUACUAUGGUUGGAAAUGCUUUUGUUCGUGGUCUUUCUGGUGGUGAGCGCAAGCGUCUCUCAAUUGCUGAACAAAUGACUACACACAGUUCCAUUAAUUGUUGGGAUUGCUCUACUCGUGGUCUUGAUUCUUCUUCUGCUCUUGAUUAUGUUCGCUCUCUUCGUAUUAUGACUGAUAUUACAAAAAAAACUACUAUCGCAACAUUAUAUCAAGCAUCUGAUAGUAUUUUUGACUUGUUUGAUAAGGUUAUGGUUUUAGAUGAAGGUCGCUGCAUUUAUUUUGGUCCUACUUCUGGUGCCAAAGAAUAUUUUUCGGAAAUGGGGUUCCAUUGUUCUGCUCGUAAAUCUACACCUGAUUUCCUUACCGGUCUUUGUAAUUUAAAUGAACGAGAAAUUCGUUCUGAUUUUAAUGGUCAAGUUCCUGUUAAUUCUGUUCAAUUCGAAAAGCUUUACAAGGAAUCUCCUAUGUAUUCUCAAAUGAUGGAUGAACGCAAAGCUUAUGAAAAACAAAUUAAUGUCGACCAGCCAUGCUUAACUUUCAAGGAGGCGUUUAUUCAAGAACAUGAUACUCCUGCUGUUGUUAGCUAUUACGAACAAGUUAAAGCUCUUACUAUUCGACAAUUCCAGCUUGUUUGGGGUGACAAAACAUCUCUUGCUAUUCGUUUUGGUGAUGUUAUUGUCAAGGGUUUAAUUACUGCUUCUGUAUACUAUAUGAUGCCUGUUGAUGGCAAUGGUGCUUUCUCUCGUGCAGGUGCGUAUAUCCUGUUUCUAUUCUUCAAUUCUUUUGUUGCACAAUCCGAGUUACCCAGUUUUAUGGAGGGUCGUCGCGUACUUGAGAAACACAAGCAUUUUGCAUUGUAUCGUCCUUCUGCUUUCUAUUUUGCUCAGGUCAUUCUUGAUUUCCCUUUGGCUAUUAUUCAAACUAUUCUUUUUGAGAUCUCUGUUUAUUUUAUGGUUGGCCUCGAUCUCGAUGCUGGAAAAUUUUUCUUCUUCUUUAUUACAUUUGUCAUGACCAUCAUGUGUAUGAAUAGUUUCUUCCGUUUCUGGGGUUCCAUCAGUCCUAAUUUUUACACUGCUUCACAGAUCUCUAGUAUCUUCUUUAUCGCAUUCUUGAUCUACAUUGGUUAUCAAAUUCCUCAUCCUCAAAUGCAUCCCUGGUUCGUCUGGAUCUAUUGGAUCAACCCACUGGCCUACAGUUACAACGCAGUCAUGUCUUCUGAGAUGAUGGGAUUGAAAUUUAGUUGUGAAGGACUCAAUGGUGUUCCCUAUGGUGAAAGUUAUACCAACCAAGACUACCGUUCAUGUAUUCUUCCCGGUGCUGCCCCUGGCGCUAGUUACGUUCUUGGAGACGAUUAUUUGAGCUCUUAUUAUUCAUACCAGACAUCACAGCGCUGGAUUAAUUUUAUGGCUGUCUCUCUUUUGUUUGUAUUCUUUAGUGGCCUCACUGCUCUUGCUAUGGAAUAUGCAUCUCUCAAGAAAGAAGGAACCAUUACCAAGGUUUACAAGAAGGGAUUCUCUCCUGAUAUCGUUUCCGAUGAAAAGAAAUUGCAACAAACAAAUAUCGUUGAAGAUCAUGAAAUGGAGGCAGUAACUGAUGGUACGACGUUCUCAUGGCAUCACAUUGAUUACACUGUACCUGUUAAAGGUGGAACUCGUCAGCUUUUGAAUAAUGUUGCUGGUAUUGUCAAACCUGGUCAUCUUACUGCUUUAAUGGGUUCUUCUGGUGCUGGCAAAACUACGCUUCUUGACGUCUUGGCCAGAAGAAAGACAAUUGGUACCAUUGAUGGUCAUAUCUACAUGAAUGGUGAAGACUUGGAUGAAGACUUUGAGCGUCUUACUGGUUAUUGUGAACAGAUGGAUGUACAUAAUCCCAAUGCUACCGUCCGUGAAGCUCUUCAAUUCUCAGCUUAUCUUCGUCAACCUGCUGAUGUUCCCAAGGCGGAGAAGGAUUCUUAUGUUGAGCACAUUCUUGAACUCAUGGAAAUGGAUAAAAUAGCCGAAGCUCUUAUUGGUGAUCUUGAAGAAGGUUCUGGAAUCUCCGUAGAAGAACGCAAACGUCUUACUAUUGCUAUUGAACUUGUUGGCAAGCCCAAAUUACUUUUCUUGGAUGAACCUACCUCCGGUCUUGAUGCCCAAAGUUCCUUUAACAUCAUUCGUUUCAUCCGUAAGCUUGCUGAUGCUGGCUGGCCCGUUUUAUGUACCAUUCACCAACCUUCUUCAACUCUUUUUGAACAUUUUGAUCAUCUCCUUUUGCUUAUGCGUGGUGGCACAACUGCUUAUUUUGGCGAAAUUGGUAAAGACUCCCGCACAAUGAUUGAUUACUUUGAAUCCAACGGCGGUCCUGCAUGUUCUCCUGACGCAAAUCCUGCUGAAUAUAUUUUGGAAUGUGUUGGAGCUGGUACUGCUGGAAAAUCGAAGCAAGAUUGGUCUGAGGUCUGGUCAAAUUCACCCGAAGCUGCUGCUCUGGAACAAGAGCUUGAACACAUCCAUGUGUCUAUAGAUCACAACGUAACUCGUAAAGUAAAUAUGUACGCUCAGCCUUUCUCGAAACAAUUAGCUCUUGUUUAUAAGCGUAUGAAUAUGUCUUGGUGGCGUUCUCCUUCUUACAAUAUGGGCCGAUUUUUCAAUGUUUGCUUUAUUGGUUUGAUUACUGGUUUUACCUUUUGGAAAGUUGGAGGCACUCCAACUGAUAUGCAAAAUCGUAUGUUUGGUCUUUUAACAGCAUUGUUUAUGGGUAAUACAAUGAUUAUCUUGAUCCAGCCGCGCUAUCUACAAGAACGAUUAUGGUUCCGUCGUGAGCAUGCUAGUAAAUAUUAUGGUUGGUCGCCUUUUGCUAUAUCCUGUCUACUGGUUGAAAUCCCUUACCUUGUAGGGCUUUCUGCAGUCUUUAUGUUCUUUUACUACUGGACAACUGGUUUACAGAAUGAGUCCGAUCGCAUCGGUUACUUUUUCAUUCUUUUCGUGGUUUACUUGUUCCAUUCCAUCAGUCUUGGUCUUGCUAUUGCAUCUGUUUGUGAUUCUGCCACCAUGGCUGGUGUUCUCAACCCAUUCUUCAUAACAAUUCUAAUUUUGUUCAACGGUAUCUUCCAGCCUCCUAAUUCAAUGCCCAAAUUCUGGAGUUCUUGGAUGUAUUAUUUGGACCCGUAUCAUUAUCUUACAGAAGGUCUGAUUACAAAUGCUUUAAACGGUGUUGCGGUAGUAUGUGGUGCCGAUGAUUUUAUCAAGAUUAAGGCGCCUCCAGGUCAAAACUGUGGUGAUUAUAUGUCCGAGUUCUUUUCUGACGGUGGUCUUGGUUAUAUUGGAAACCCUAAUAGUACAGACUAUUGUGAUUAUUGUCAAUAUAGUACUGGUAAUGAUUACUUCGAGUCAAGAAUUGGUUGGUCCUUCUCAAACAGAUGGCGAAACUUUGGAAUUCUCUGGAUUUUCACCAUGUUCAAUGUUGUAGCCUUUGUUCUGUUAACAUACACUUUCAGAAAACAAAAAAGAUAAUCCGUCAUCUGAUAUUCAAUACUGUACUUUCUUAUCUACAAACAGUAAUUUCACAUUUGUAACACUAUUCAAUCAUAUAACAUAUCAUACUUAAUUCACAUAAUAAAUUUGCUUUGCUU